GUGACGUGAUGUGAGGGCCAGUGAGAACUGCCUUGAAGUGCAGGGGACUUGGUCAGGUUAAAAACAUGCUGAAAAUGUCAUAUGAAAAAUUCGAACAUCUCUUGUCUGUUGAACAACCAAGUAUUUCUAAACAGGAUACAAAAAUGGGCCAGUCCAAAUCACCAAGUGGUUGCCUUUCAGAGGCGUGUGCAUUGACCCUUCUUAUUCCUGCCGGAUGUUGGAUGAUUAAAAUCUCCUCAAUUGACGUCAGUGGCUGAAGAACAAUCGUAAUCAUUUAGGCAUGUAACUUGCAUUUGUGCCUCAGUUAUUUGUGAGUUUUUCCUGUACUGCGACAAAUACGCCACCUCUAGCUCUCUAAACUUUCAAUUUUUAUAGUGCUUCGAAAGAAGUCCUGCAAAAGUGGAAUGCGUCCAUCGACUAAAAAGUAAAAGGAAGACCUGUUCGCUGGCGCUAAUAUUGAAUACACAUUCUUGUGGAAAAUACUGGAAUUCAAAUGUGAAACAUCUUUGAACAGUGAAGUUAAUUUCUUCGCGGGAAGAUUCAGUUUUGUGUCACAUUUUGUGUUAGUGACAUGUAAUAAUUAUAUUUUAAUACUGCAGUUUACACGAAUGGCAGGUUCCCACCAAGCUACUUUCAAGACGUUAAUACAUUUCUUAGAAGAAGCUGUCACAUGGACCUCUGAUGCAAGACAGAGACUUUCCUAUAGCUGUGGAGAAGUAAAUCAGCUGUUGCACAAUUGGAAUCCACCUCAAAGUAUUAAAUUGGAUGCAGUCGUUUGUUCAGAGUGCUCAAAUAAGAAUGAUGGAAUCAAAGAAGGCCAGAGAGUCAAGGAAACAUGUAAUUCAUCAAACAAAACUAAGAACAAAACAAAGAAUGUAGUUGGUAGAAGCAGUGCUUGCCUCAAGUCAACGCAAGGGGAGACAAUAGGUAAAAAAAGUGUUUCAGUACACUCACAGUCAAAAGAGUUUACUUCAUCAACUGGGAAUUCAAACAUGUUGCACAAAGGCAUUCAAGAGAAAGACAGAAUGACUGAAAAUGUGUCGCCAUCAGCAUCUGAAUCUAAAGACCCUUUAAGAAAGAAAAUGCUUGUGAAAUUCAGACAAAAUCCGUUAGUACCAAGGACAACUUAUCAGAGUGAUUAUUCAACAUUAAAACCGACAACAUAUUCAAAACAAUUGCAAAAUGCAGAUAGUAUUAAUAUAACAGCCAGAAAUUCUCAAGUAAAGGAAAAGAUCAGUGAAAGUUUGACAGGUGUGAAAAGUGAGAGGACUAGAAAAUAUAUAAAUGAGAAACAUGGAAAUAGACAGACAGAGAAUGGGAAAUUGAAAGACUUGAACACAGUUGGUGAUAAACUAGAAAACAACAAAGUGAAACCAAUGUAUUUGCCCUUAGAGGAAGCUGUAAAGAAUUUCAACAUUUGCUCCACUUCCUCGGAACUGGUUCGUAACUUCGGGUUACAUUAUAGUUUCUUGCACAAUAUAGAAGAGAAGAGGGAUCAUCCAGCUGCUGCACAGAAUGCUGCUGCUUCAGCGGCGUUUCUGAAAUUGUUUUCAGAGCUGAAUAAGACAAUCUGGCUCAAGAAUCUCUCAGAACCUCUAGGACGCUUGUUUGCAGAUACUAUGAGUCUCUCGAAUAAACUAUUUGAUGUACAUAGUUGUAUUUCAAGAACAGACAUACAGGAAGAGCUGGAGUUGAGAAAUAUAUAUGAAAGAAUGGAAAAACAAUUUUUAAGACUGUCAAAUCAAGAUAAUAUUGUUCAUACUGUGAGCAGAUCAAGAUCAACACCUGAAAGGAGUAAACACACCACUCCAUGUCAGAACAUGGGACUGUGGUACUGGAGGAAGACGGCUAUUUUUGAUGGUCUUAAUAAAAAACUACACUUGGUUUACAAAGAUGAGAAACAGUGGCAGAAACUUCAAGAAAAUCUUCUGUUAAUAGAGAGGCUACAAUUUCAAAUAGAUGUAUUUGAUCUGAUUUUAUCAGAAAUGAUACCACAGAUUUUGUCGAUGGAUCCCAACACUAAGAAUUUUCAAAUGAUGCUGAAAGUUGUAUGGGCAGUGACAGAUUUUACAAGACUUCCUAUUCCAAUAUCCAUAAUUCCUUGAAACAGUAGCCUUGUGAUAAUU